CGGCUCGCCUGCCAGGCCGAGCAGUCCCGUGCUUUGGUUCGAACAGAGAGGACGGGCUGCUGCCGCUCUCCCGCCUGGAAAACACACUUGUUGUUUACAUCCCAGUGUGUCACUUGGACGCUUUGCCUCUCUCGCCGCGUUCGAGGCACCGUCUGUUACUAGGCAACGGAGGACUACACCCACUAAAAAGGAUUACUACAGCCAACCUCAAGCAAAAUACCAGCCGUGUGUUGUGCGUUUGUUAUUGUGUUGCUUUGUCUCUAUUGCGAAGAGAGAGAUAGUGUGUGGAACAUUCCGACCGGAAUGUGAUAGUGUUCAAAGUGCAAUUCGAGUCUGACCGAUCGUCGCUUUGUCGAGACGGGAAGUCCCAACAUCUGUGAAGUGAAAAUAGUGGAACAGUGAUUUGUUUUUGAAAGCGUCUUCCAAGGACGACCUAGUUGUGCAUUUAUUCCAGUCAUAUUGCCCCUGGAAAACUGUAGUUGCGUACGAGCAGGACCUCGUGUGCCUUCCGGAAAGUGAUUGAGAGGCCAACACCAUACCACCCCUUUGUCGCCAUGGCCGGACUGAGGACCUUUUUCCUGACCUAAGAGCGAAAGGACGACCGCCCCAGUGAAAAGUGAGGUUAUGUGUCAGUGAGCGUCCGAGACCGCCCAGCGGAGAGCCAUGGGUGUGCACAAGACCACAGAGCACGAGAGCGGCUACUUCGAGGACGAGAACUCCGACGACGACGCCAUGGGUGUCUGCGGUGGAGUAGGGCGUCGCGCGGCCCCCGCGGCUCCGGCGUCGGCGCCCAUGUCCACCUGUGACGCCGUCAACAACAAUGUGCCCCCGGGCCACGACUGUUGUCAUGCCAUCCGGCCAGCGAUCGACAGAGUCAACUUCACGAGCGCGCACCGAGUGGACAUGUCGAGCUUCGAGCUCCUCAAAGUGCUCGGGACUGGAGCGUACGGCAAGGUGUUCCUGGUGCGCAAGAAAGGGGGGCCGGACGACGGCCGCCUGUACGCCAUGAAGGUGCUCAAGAAGGCCACCAUUGUGCAGAAGAAGAAGACCACGGAGCACACGCGCACGGAGCGGCAGGUGCUCGAGGCCGUGCGCGAGUCGCCCUUCCUGGUCACACUGCACUACGCCUUCCAGACGGACGCCAAGCUGCACCUCAUCCUCGACUACGUGAGUGGCGGUGAGCUGUUCACCCACCUGUACCAGCGCGAGCACUUCACGGAGGAGCAGGUCCGCAUCUACAUCGGCGAGAUCAUCCUGGCGCUCGAGCACCUCCACAAGGCCGUGGACUGGUGGAGCGUGGGCGUCCUCACGUACGAGCUGCUGACGGGCGCCUCGCCGUUCACCGUGGAGGGCGAGAAGAACACGCAGCAGGAGAUCAGCAGGAGGAUCCUCAAGACCAACCCCCCUAUCCCGGACGGCCUGUCGCCGGAGGUGGCCGACCUCAUCUCGGCCCUGCUGGUCAAGGACCCCCGCAAGCGGCUGGGCGGCGGCGAGCAGGACGCCCUGGAGCUGAAGAAGCACCCCUUCUUCCGAAGUCUGGACUGGCUCGCCCUGGCGGAGAAGCGAGUGCCUGCGCCCUUCGUGCCUCGGAUAUCGAGCGAGCUGGACGUGAGCAACUUCUCUGAGGAGUUCACACGUAUGACUCCCACCGACUCGCCCGCUGUCAUUCCCCCCAACUUCGAUAAGAUAUUCAAGGGAUACUCUUAUGUUGCACCUUCAGUCCUCUUCAGUGAAAACAUCCUGAGUGAUGAAAUUUUCAAUCAAAGUAAGAGGCCGAGUCCCACAAGUCUCACAUUACCCUGUAUAAAGGAGUCUCCCUUCUUUAAGAAAUAUGAAAUUGAUCUCCAUGAGGGUAUUCUUGGAGAUGGAACAUACUCAGUCUGCAGAAAAUGCAGGCAUAUAGAAUCAGGUCAGGAGUAUGCUGUGAAAAUAGUGAGCCGAAAGACUGAUUGUACUAGGGAAAUCAACUUAUUACGUGCCUGCCAAGGACAUUCCAACAUAGUAAACUUACGAGAAGUGUUUUAUGAUGAGGCUCAUACAUAUCUAGUACUGGAACUAUUGAGAGGUGGAGAGCUCCUAGAAAGAAUCAGGAGACAAGCAAGAUUUACUGAAAACCAAGCUAGUCGAAUAAUGAGAAGCUUAGUUGCGGCUGUGAGUGAAAUGCAUUCUAGGGGAGUAGUGCACCGUGAUCUUAAACCAGAGAAUCUGCUAUUCACAGAUACCUCUGACAACUCAGAUAUUAAAAUAGUUGACUUUGGGUUUGCUCGCUUAAAGCAAGAAAAGGAAGUUCUGACCACACCCUGCUUUACUCUUCACUAUGCUGCUCCAGAAGUAUUAAAACAAGCCUUAGUCAAAUCAACUGCCAAUAGUAGUAAUACCACUUGUGAUGCUAGUGGUAAUGCCAUAAGUCAACCACCUAGUGAGGGCUAUGAUGAAAACUGUGAUCUUUGGAGUUUAGGGGUGAUCUUGUACACUAUGCUCUCUGGCCGUGCUCCAUUCCAUGCCCGAUCCAGGGACGACAGUGCGGCCGCUAUUAUGUGUAGGAUUAAGGAAGGUGACUUUAACUUUAACGCUGAUGCAUGGCAAAAUGUCUCACAUGCUGCCAAGCAGCUCACCAAAGGACUCUUGACUGUUGACCCAAAGAAAAGGCUUCGAAUGAGUGAUCUCUUAACAAGCGAAUGGAUCCAAGGAUCUGAUCGAGCAGGCUUUGCUACUGUACCUCUUAUGACUCCUGAUGUGCUAACCACAGGAUCCUCAGCGCGUUCUGCUGAAAUUAAUGUAGCGCAGACUUUCUCUGCCUUCCACCAAGCUCAUCGUGAAGGCUUCAGAUUACAGGAGGUUGUCAACGCAAAACUGGCCCAGAGACGUCGCAACAAGAAGUCUUCCGUGGACAACCGCAGCUUCUCCACCUCGAGCAAUUUCUCCAGCUCCAGUUCGUCGGGGACUUCCUCGAUCCAGACGCCCAUCAAGGUGCCAUCGACGUCGUCCAUUCAGUCGCCGGCCUCUGCCUCGGCGUCCACCUCUUCUGCCCAGCCGCAGCAGCGCGCGCGCCCGCGCGGCCAGGCCGACCACAGCGACAACGUGUUCAACUUCGGCGAGUCUCGCGUUCGCGAGUACCUGUCGAGCCUGUCCUCGUCGUCUUCGGGCGAGCGCAUGGACUGUGGGUCCCUGCCCUCGUCCCCACCCGCGUCCCCGCUGAGCGCGGCCUGCAACCCGCUGCUCUCUGAGAGCGCCGCGUCCAUCCCCCUGGCCUCGGCUCAGCAGUGCGGCGCUGGCCCCGUCUCCGACCUCGGCGGCGGCAUGCUGCUUUCCCCGGUACCUCCGCGCAGGAAAAAGGGGCGCCCGAACCUUGCGGGCCUCGGUGGCGGCUCAGCCCUGGCAGGCCUCGUCCUUGAGGACUCGCUGGACGAGCGCACCGAGCGACUCUGCUCCGCAGACACAGACUCACUUAGCCUCCUGGAGGACCUGCCCAGGGAGGAGGCGGAGCUACUCACCACCCCGGUUCCCUCGACAACGCCUCAGGACAGUGCCUCGCACAGCCACAGGCACAGGACAAAGAAGCCAGGAAGGACAAAGCGGUCGGAAGUGUCAUCGGUUGUGAGUGCAGGUGAAAGUGUGAUGUCAGGUAGGCAAGGACCCUUGACAAGGUCACUAAAGAGGAAAUUAGAAGAGUCAAGCUCAAGCUCAAACUCAACUCAUAGCAGCUGUGAAGACGACCAUCUACCAAAGAGAAGACGGCCCAGUCAUAGUAAACACUCUAAGAGUGGACGUCAACGCCAGAAGAGAGAGCGCAUUCCAACUAUUGACAUCGACUAGAUUACUAAAUUGAUUUGCCAACACACAAUCAUAGCGAAAGGCUGAUGUCCCUACGACUUAUUGAUGUGACUUAAUAAUUUUGCUCUACAAACGAACUAUUCUUCCUUUAUUUUGGAGGAUGUUUGUACUCUUGACAACAAUUUUGAGUUUGAACCAGCUUCUGUUAGUCCACUUUGCAUUCUGUAAUUUAGGGCACAUUUUUGUGCAGAAGACUGUUAUUUUGUUGUAUAGUAUGGCUCUUUUUCCUCAAAUUUUUAGAGCCAAAUUUGGACAGAACUGUCCUUGUUUAUUGGUGUUAUGGUCCAUGACAAGAAAGUGUGCAUGGCUCUUCCUGUCUGUCAAAGCAUAGCAAUUCUAUUUUAAAUUUAACUUGGUGUUAUGGCAAAAUCUUCAGUGUUUGUCUAUCUCUUGUUAGUGUCCUUAUUAGAUCUUUCCUAUUUCUUCAUCAAUUUUCUCAUGGAUUUCCGUUUCCGUGGAAUCCAUUUUUGUUACAAGCAAUAUAUUGGUAUGAAUUGGAUCUGAGUAGGCCUCUUUAAGUCAUGAAACUACUUGUCUAACACUCCUAGUACCUGUUCUUUUAUGUUCUUUUGACUCCAUUAAUGAGUAUUUUCUUCUUUUAAUACUAGUCGAAACAGCACAAAUGUGGACUUAGAUCCCAUGGCCAAAUGUGUUGUGUAGCUUAGGUUGUUUGGACGUGUAUGGUGCUGUGAGUAAAAAUGCUUUGGUGUUUUCAUGUUAUUUGGAAUGUAGCAUUCAUUGAGUUAAUGGUCUCUAAACUGGUUUUGAAAUAAGGUUUCAAACAUUUCUAGUUGUCUGACAAGAACUUUCUUGCCUCAGCUGCAAGAUCUGAAUAGUGUCACGAUUUAACAUGAAAGCAGCCAAUAGUACUUGAAUAUUUUUAAGGGUUGUUAUAUAGUUGAGUCAAUUUGAGUCCCUCAGAACUGAUUCCUAUUGUGUUAUGCAAUAUUAUAGGUAAAUUGUUGACUCAUAUUAUAUGAUUUGUUUGGAAUGGACGUUGCUGCCAAUUUUGCUGGCAAAGUGGCACUGCACCCAUCUCUGUUAGAAAGUUUUUCUAAUAUCUCAGGUUACUUUACCUACAGUUAUGAAUUGAUUAUAAGUGGUACAGUGUACUAUGGAUAUAUAUCUAUCUACAUACAGUAUAUAUCUGCCCCAAACACUAUUACAUAUAUUCUAUUUAAUAGAGAAAUAUAUCAUUUUAGUAAAAUGUCUAUGACUUAAUAUUUCUAGUAAUUGAAGGUAUUUUUUUCCUGUAUCGGUGUUCUAAACAACCGUUUACAGUUUCAGUUAAGUAUCUGCAGCGAGAAACUGCAUGUAUGGUGAGCUAGAGAUUUGAUCGUAUACAACUAGAACAAUUUGUAUAGCAGUAAUUUCUGUUUUAGUUGAUUUUAAUGUUAUGAGCUGCACUGAAUAUUGACCCUAAUUUUGCCAAACAACGAUUCUAGUCUUGUUUGUUUAAUUAGUGAGUCAUGAGCCACCUUCAAUAAGCUUUGAAAAAAAAAACUCACACACUUGAUAAGUCUCCAUAUUUUUUUGGAAUUUGGAAUAAUUUGUGAACAAAAUGAGUUUUGUGAGUGUAUUUUGUAUUAAGCAAGCAUUUAAUCGUAAAAUCAGUCCUUUGUAAUGUUCCAGCAUGAGCAGUAUGCCUGGAGGGUGUUGAAGGAUUUAUGUUCCUUUCCAGUAAAUGAAACAUGCCUUAAAGUGAGAGGAGUUUUCUAUUACAAUAAAUCUUUGGCAGGAGUAUUCAAGUGGGCUUUAAAACCUGUCAUUUUCAGUAUUUAUAGUGAGGCCUGCUAUGUCAGCAAAACUCAUUCACUGCCUUCUACUGAAAAUACACAAGCGUACCAUAUUAAAAAAUCUUCAUGUUCAUUUUAUCAAAAUGUUUUAUUUUAAGAUGUUUUCUGACUUGUUCAUUUGUUUCUGCUGCAUUUGUAGUUCCUCAGCCUUGAAUUUGUAAUGGAUUCAAACCAUUAUUAAGUAAGACUAACAACUGAAGCAAUUUAUAUUUAUUUUUUAUGACUUAAAAAAAUAGUAUUCUACAAGAAAUCAAUCUCAUACUCACAUAUCUAGGGCCAGGUUGGAUGGCUUCUACUUUUUGUGUAAUAAAUUAUUGUUUUUGUUUUUUAAAGUCCAUUUUUUACGUUAACUGUAGUCCAGCCUGUUCAUGUAGCAGUCUUCCGCAAUAUAGAACAAAUAUAUUCUCCACUGAUAAAAUGCUUCUAUGAAAUCUAAGUUGUGUGAAUGCGUGUGAAAAUGUGCCAAGUGUGAAUGUAAAAUAUCUGUGGUGAGCUUCGUUUACUGUCCUUUCAUUUUCUUUUUCUGUCGUUAAAGUUGUCUCAGUUUCCUUAAAUUAAUACAUUUUGACUCAAUGUAAGUUGUUAUGGAUUCUGAAAUAUGUGCAAAUUAUGGCUAUGAAUCGCAUAAAUGAUAUUCCUCAGUAUUUAAAAAAAAGUGAAAAAAAAAAGCAUUAACAAAUUUUCUUUUUCUUGCUAAGUAACAGUCAAAACUGUUUUCCAAAUUUCAAAAAAACAAAAAUAAAAUGGAAACUGGAAACUGCCCGUAGAAGUUUUACCCUAUUGUUUUGCUUCCUUUUCUAUUUUGUUUUGUUGUGUUUUAGUUUGUAACCAUCUAUGAGUUGUAUAAUCUUUUGACUGGGAUUAUACUACAGCUUGAGUUACUGCAUUCAACUAUCUAAGUGGCUGAUAGUUAGCAGAUCUCUUUGUUCCAUCUAUUUUUUUUAGUUCUAUAUCAAGUAGACACUUUCUUUUGCUUUGAUACGUUUUAGGAAAAUUUCAGACGACUUUGUUGGUGCUGUAGCUAAACGACCUGGACAGGCAUUAAUUACGUAGUCUGAAAAGAGAACCCAGGAUUGAAUCACAACUGUUUCCUCAAGUGUUCUUUUUUGUUUGUUUUCUUUUUUUUUUCUUUGUUCAUUUUUUGUGUACAUAAUGUUAAGGGUGAUGCUUACCAAUAGCACCAAUAGUGAUGGUGUUGACUUUUGAAAGUGAUGUAUUUUAAUCCAACCAAGUGACAAAUAUUACCUGUAAGGAGAAUAGAUGUCAUACCUGUCAGCUCCAAUUAGGUCUGAUGGUGUAACCGAAAGUUUUGUGGAAGUAAAAUACUUCUCUAUAACCAAAAAGAUAAAGAGACUGUGAUUUUGUUGUUGAGAGAAGUGAUAGUGAUUACUAUAUCACUUAUAAAAAGUUUAAUUUGUAUGUACACUUUGGUUGUAUGUGUGAAAUAGUGGAGAAAUGUUAUGAGUCCAAGAGAAAUCUAUGCAUAUUAUAUGAGAAUUUAAGAAACUUUAGUGAUUGUAUUUAUUAAUUCCAUGAAUUGUAUCUAUUGAUGAACACAUGAUUAUAAAAUUGUUAUCCAUGUACAUAGAGAUGUUGGGAACUGUUGGAAGAAGUAAACCUCUAUAAAAAGAAA